CCUACCUGAGGUACGGCGGUACUGCACCCAAGGUAUUCACUCACCUAUAGAGAAACAGACGUCAUCGGCUCGGCGGACAACCACCAUCGAACAUGGGUUCCGAUAAGUCGACCGGGGAGUCCUGUGGGAACCAGGAGAAGUACCGAGGGGACGGGCCGAACAUCUGCAUCAAGACGUCCGAGAGCCGCGUCGCGGCCUCUUUCAAAUGGCUUGACCGAGAAGCUCGCGACUCAACCUACACCAGCUACACCCAGGUUUCCGAUCGCCCGGGGUGCUCAUUUGAUUUUGGGUCAAAUGGCUAUACAGCAUCCUGCAACAUGGGUGGUGAGCUGCUCCAGUUCACCAUUCCGUCUAAUAAAAAGGGCCUCAUCUGGGCCAGGGCACAGGUCGACGGCUCUUUGGGCUCCAUGGUUGCCUCGGCGCAGAAGUACAGGGGACACAAGUCCACAUUUGGCCUUAAAUUCAAGACGCUCAGGGCGGUCCGCAAGACUGAGACGCAACCCGUACCACCAGCACUCGUGCUGGGGGCGGUGGUCGAGCGGGGCGCCUUCAACAACCGGUGGCCAUUCCACGAGUAUUCCCUUGCCCGGGACGACCGGAAAGACGCCGAAGGAGGCAUUUGCGCCCUCUUUUCCCACGUGCGGGGGAAAUUCUUGAUCCAGGUAUUGCGCAUAGAGCAGCAAUCCUGUCGACCAGAGGCGGUAACGUGCAGUCCCGUCCAAGGGAGCAGCGUCGUCUCCCUGCAGCUCGACCUCCCUUCCAAGUUCAGGCAACUGGUGUCGCCCCAGGAUGCCAUAGCCAGAAACCCCCCAAAGGUCGACGCCCAGCUCUUUUGGGUUAAGCCGGGGGGAGAACGUACAAAUAUCAAGCUCGACACUACACGACACAAUGUCAACCUGGAGACGCUCGAGAUGCCCACGUGGCUCGCCGAUGGAUCGGUCCAUGUGCCCGUCAACGUCCAGAGAGACGAUCCUAUUGUCUUCAUCUUUACGCUGCAACUCUGCGAGAAGUCGCUGACCGAGGCCGAACCGCUGCCCGAUCUCACGUCCGAGUCGGUCCACAACUGGCUGGGCAUUGAUCCAUCAAGCGAUUGGGCGACCGGGCCUAUGUGGGAGACCAUAUUCUUCAGAAGAGAUUACCUAACGAACUGCGUCUCGGAACUUUGCGAAGUAAACUUGGUCGCUCGAUGCCUCGAAAAGAUCCAGCACGUGGACGCAGUUCUGUUACCCAAAGGAGAAUACUUCCCUCCAUCCAAGAACAAAGACCCCUUGCAGCGCAGGGGAGAAGAGAAGGACGAGAAAGCACCCCUGGCCCUCGUCAGUAACACCAUUUUCGGGCCCGAGCUGGACAUGCAAGCAUUGUUCUGGAAAGUUCGCUUCCUGGUAAAGGCACAAGAGUUCCUCGCAAAGACCUACGAGGACACGCUCCACGAGAAGACGUCCCAAAACCCGGUCGGCGACACCGGCUUCCACCGCAACGUGGGGAUUGCGGAAUUACAUGGCCGCCUAUUACAGAGCGACAUUGAGCGCAUACUCCUGUUUGUCUUGAGCUUUCUGGAACCCCGGAAUGGGCGCUGGCCCGCAUUCUUGAUGCCCCAGCCCCAGACAAAAGACGAUUUCCGCUCCCCGUACUAUGUCAUCAUCACCAUCUGGUACCUGAUCAAAAAGGGCUACCGAACCGCUUCCAUGGGUCACAUGCACACCCUAGACAAGGGCCCGUCCUGGUUAGCAGAGAGACUCCCAUCUCAGCACUUCCACUUCGACAAGGACACGGAAGGCGAGGUCCUCAUGCUCAAUUGGAUAUACUAUGGGUCCAUCGCUCACCUCGUGGAUCCGCCUGGGGACUUGAAGCCAUGGCUUAACAACACGUGGGGGGUCGCCAGCGAUCUCCACGACAAGGUCCUCAGGCUGAGGAGGGCGGCCAAGAUUGCCCUCGCAGCCAAGGUGUCCUCCAGGAGGCCCUAUGUCCCGAGCGACGAGGUUGUCGACAGACUGGCCUUCCUUGCCCACGAGCUGGAUUUGGAGCAGGAUCAACAGGAGCACCAUGGGGCUCACGUUUGCUCGCUCGUCAUGAGCCGAGUCCGAGACAGGGUCUACACCAAGACCAUCAACCCGGGAUCCAUAGACUGGGAGGACCAAAGUGGCCACCGGGACAUCAGUGCUCCGUGGGAAAUAUUUGUGCUGAGCCACCACAGCCGUCUCGUCAUGGCAAACCUCGAAGCGGGGAAAUCUGCUAACAAGGCAGGCGUGGCGCGGCGGGCCCGGGAAAUAGAGAAGUACAAGGGAAGGUUCUCCGUGUUCCUGACUGCGAACGCGUCUCUCAUGCCCUGCUGGGAGCGAAACAACAUGGCGUCGUGCCAAGCCUGGCUUCGUUCCGAGACGCCUGCCGUCCUCGCCGCCACCCUCCUGGACAUAUACCAGAAGUGUAUGAAGCAACAUGCCACGGCACACCAGAUGCAACACGCGGGCCCCCUAAGCAAGAAGGAGGAGGAGGAACUAAGCAAAGAGAAGGAGCUCGAGAGGCUCUGGGCGUUGACCAGCAAGUCUGCAGCUCGCCGCGCCGAAACCGAUGACUCUCCCCCGCUUGACUGGACCAAGUUCAAACCGCCGCGGCGCUAUCACCCCCGGCACUUCUUCCGAUCCAUGGAAGACACCCCAGAGAAAUACACCAAAGUGGAGAUGGGCCGCGUGCGCAUUCCGAGCACUUUGAGAGACUACCUCCGACCGAAACAGAGUGACAAGUUUGUAGCGCGCGGGUGGACAAGGCCAGAUCUCGAGAAGCUGGUUAAGAACAUGAAGAGCACCGAUACCGCAGAUAUAUCGCUGAUGGACAUCCCGACCUUUGAUCGGACCGUGAAGCAAGACGAUAAGGCUCAAAAACUUUGCAUCUUUGGAAGGCUCACGCCGUCCGACCAUAGCAAACUGUUGCGGGCCGAUACGGACGAUUGGGAUACGGCCGGAAAGCCGCAGGGCGAAGUUAACUAUACCACUCUGGGUCUCAAGGACGCCGAAGAGAAAGAAUUGGUCGACGCACUCUCCCGCAGCCUUGUGAUCCGACGCGUUCAGCAUCGCAUGAUCGUGAUGCCAGACGUCUGCAACAAGGAUUUCGUGGAGCUACUGAUCCACGUACUUCACCGGGAGUCGACCGACUGCGUAGCCAACCACAGCUUCCAGCUUGCGCGCUUCUCUCUGGGCGGGGGCGGGGGCACCACAGAGUAGAUAGCCAGAAUAACCGUGAGAAGCUGGGUGCUCAAAGAUCGCGACGAGUCAUGUAGGUGGGAAGCGGAGCAUGAUACCUUGACGCCCCAGUCAAACGAGGACGAUCCGAUCCGCCUAUCCAGCAGCACCGAGAUGAACAAAGCGCUGGAACAGCUGUCCCGGACGGACGAGUACGAGGCGAUCAAGGAAAAAGCUAAGUCAAAGAUGCUCGUACUGAACGCC